AUGAAUUUGCCCAAUUAUUUGUAUAAAAAGAUAUUAGAAAUAAUUUUUAAUUAUAUUUGCAAAAAUUUUCCAAUAAAAUAUUAUGGUCGAUAUGAUAUAAAAAAUAAUAAUGAAUUUAUUAGAUAUUCUUUGGUAAAUAAAUCAUGGUUUAAAUGUGUAUCAAAAAUAUUGGAAAGAAAAAUUAGAAAUAAAAACUUUGGUGUUUUUAAAAGUUUUAUUGAAUCUCCUACAACUCCAAGUGAUUACAAAUUAAUAAAAUACCAAAACUCAACAAUAGUAUUAAAAAACUUGACAAUUAAUGGUUACAAUGGAUGGGUGAAAUCCAUUGAAAAAUGUUCCGAACAGGUUAAUAAAAUUUUAAUAAAUUUAAAUAUCAGUUCUUCAAACCCAGUAAAUGGUCUAGAUUUAAUUCAAAAUAAUUUUAUUUUCAAUUUAUCUUUUUCAAAUACUACAGCAACAAAUGUAUUUUCUUUAGUUCAAUAUUUCAGUAAGGAAAAUAGUUUAAAUAAAAUCAAAAAAAUCAAAUUAAAUCACCAUAUAGAUGUUUUGUUUUCAAUUUUGGCCUUUAAUGUUAGCAAUAUUAAGUUUUAUGAUGCCAGUAAUGGUGUUGAUAUAGAAGAAAGAGUUAAUAAUAUUAAAUUGAAAUUCAAAUCAAAUGAUGGUAGUUUAAAAGUUCAAGAUUUAUUAUGCUUUCCCAAAAAUGAAGCUACAGCAUACAAUAUUCCAAACCAUGGGUUAAAAAAGUUUAGUGUUAAUACAAACAUUAAAAUGAUUUUAGAUAACAUGGAUCAAAGUUUCCUUAAGAGUUAUGAAGAUAGGGAAGAUCAACUUAAAAAAAACUUAAGUAGUUGGGAUACUUUUAUCGAUAAGCUAUCAAAGAAUAAAGAAUUAUAUUCUCUUUCAGUUGGAGUAUAUGGAUUCUUUAGAGAACUCGAACCAAAAUUAAUAAACAAGGGUUUCAAAUCAUUACUUUCAAGUCCUUCUUGUAUUAAGAGCCUAUCGUUUUUUGGUGAAAUAGAUUCAAAUAUUUAUGAAGGUUUGGCUUUAAAUAGAUCAAUAAAGAAUGUUUCAAUUCCAAUAAAGUAUUUUAGUUCAAUGGUAAAAGAAGUAUUGGUUAAUAAUAAAACAAUCAAAAAUUUAUAUGUUUUACAAAACGAAUCUAUGGAUAUUUUAAAUUGUUUGAAAGAACUAAUAGAAUAUUCAGAUAAAAUAGAAUUGUUCUCAAUAACUUUCGAAAUUUAUACAAGUUUUAGAUAUAUUUCAAAUUGUAUAGAUUUAUUAUAUUCGCACCACUUUAAUAUUAAAGAAUUUAAUUUUUUAAAUCGUAAAGAUAAUAAUAUCAUUGUACACCCUAAUCCAAAUAAUUAUAAAUUAUUCCAAUUAGUUUCGAAUAACUCAAUAGUAAAUAUUUCAUCAAGAGACACACCAGAAAUCAUAAAUAAAACAUCAUGGGAUUUUGUUAAAAAUCUUUAA